CCCCCCCCACCCCCCCCCGCCUGUCCCGGUUUCACAACCGCGGGCACCGGCCCCGCCGAUGUUUUCCUGGCCGGGGCCGGGCGCAUGGCGCGGCCUCUCCUGCUCCUCCUCCUCCUGCUCCUGCUCCUGCUCCUCACCUUCCUCCUCCUCGCCGCCGCCGCUCCCCAGCGGCCCUGCGGCCCCGCGGGGCUCUCGCGGAACACGGUGCUGGGCCGCCCGGGAGCCAACAUCACCUUGACCUGCCAGGACGAGGGACCGGCCAACGUCACCGUCACCUGGCGGCGGGAGGAGCGGGGGCCGGCGGCGCGGGGGGGUCACAGCCAGCAGCUGCCGGACGGCAACGCGCUGCUCCUGCGGCGCCUGCGCCACGAGGACUCGGGGCGAUACGUUUGCUCCGGGGGGGGCCGCCCGCUGCGCUCCCUGCAGCUGCUGGUGGAAGAGCCCCCCGAGCCCCCCCGCGUGUCCUGCUACCGCCGGAGCCACGACAAGGACGUGCUGUGCGAGUGGCCGCUGCGGGCGCAGCCGUCGCCGGGGACGCGGGCGAUGCUGUGGGUGAAGCGCAGGUUCGCGGCCGAGGACGCGGCGGCGCAGCGGUGCCGCUACUUUGCCAGGACGCGCAAGUUCGUCUGCCGGGUGAAGGUGCCGCCCGGCGCCGAGGACACCAAACCGCUCGUGGUGUCCACGUGCGUCACCAACGGCGCCGGCGCCGCGGCCGGCGAGGACAGGAUCAUCACGCUCAGUGGUGUCCUGAAGCCUGACCCCCCCAUCAAUGUGACGGUGACGCCGCUGGAGAUGUCACCGCAGCGGCUGCGCGUCACCUGGUCCUACCCCCGCUCCUGGGACCCCCGGUUCUACUGGCUCCGCUUCCAAAUCCGCUACCGCCCUGAGCCCGCCCAGACCUUCACGGAGGUGGAGCAGGGGACCCGGACGUGGCUGGACAUCCGCGACGCGUGGCGGGGCACGCGGCACCUGGUGCAGGUGCGGGCGCAGGAGGAGUUCGGCCACGGCACCUGGAGCGAGUGGAGCCGGGAGGCAUCGGGCACCCCCUGGACAGACCCAGGGGACGUCACCUCCGAAAUGGGACCCUUCAGCUCGCAGUUCCCCAUGGAGGAUGGAACGUACUGGGUGACGCUGCCCCCUGAGCUCUUCGGGCGAGACGGUGGGGCUGCCGUGGAGGCCAGUGCCAGCGCGGCGCCGCCGUACGCGGUGCUGGCGGCCGGGGGGAGCCUGGGCCUCGGCAUCGCCCUCCUGGUCGCCAUCGUGGUGAGGUACCGGCAGAUGUGGGGACGGGGGGACCCCAAAGCGGAGGGCGAGGGGCAGCACGUGCUGGUGCCCCUGGCCCCCCCCAGUGCCCCCCCGCUCAGUGACACCCCCCUGCUGCCCCCCCCCGCGCCCCCGGCUCUGCACGUCACCAACUUGGACUAUUUCUUCUCCAGGGAGUAACCGGGUUGGGGCUGGACAUGGGUCUGGGGGGGGGUGCUCCCAGUGCUGGGAUGUGGAGUAACCCCUGCACCCCCUUUUUGGAGGUACCAAAAGUCCCCCCCCCCGGAUCUAUCACUCUGAUGGGGGGGGCAGUGCCACCCCCAUGGAAAACCAGCCCGGGGGGGCCCCCGAGAUGCGUCCCGGGGGGGCAGCUCCGGGGCUGCGGCCAAGCGGGGUGAGCGGGGUUGACGGUGCAGCCGUGGGAGCGAGUGGUGGGGGGUCCCCGGGGACGGGCUGGGCCCCCCCAUUGCUGCGGGGCGGGGGGGGCCUGGCUGGACCAGCCCCGUCCCGCCGCCCUGGGCCCCCCUGGGGUUGUUUUUAAAGCACGUGGUGCCGAAACGUGCGUCGGAAAUAAACACUGUGGAUUUGUA